UAUAAAGAUGUUAUCGAAAUCUUUGUUAAGAUACAGAUAUAUUACAAAAGUUCCUCGUGUCAUGUUUUCUUCUUUCAGAAUUGAAUCUGAUACUUUCGGAGACUUAGAAGUCCCUGCCGACAAAUAUUGGGGAGCUCAAACUCAAAGAAGUCUUAUGAACUUCAAAAUUGGGGGACCUAGAGAAAGAAUGCCUCUGGGAGUUGUUAGAGCCUUUGGAAUCUUGAAGAAAUGUGCUGCUAAAGCGAAUCUUGAGUAUGGACUUGACUCAAAGGUUGGAGAAGCAAUUAUUCAGGCUGCUGAUGAAGUUAAGAAUGGACAACAUGAUGAAGAAUUCCCACUUGUAGUUUGGCAAACAGGGUCUGGUACCCAGUCUAACAUGAAUUCCAAUGAAGUAAUUGCUAAUAUUGCUAUUGAAAUUCUUGGUGGAGAACUAGGAUCAAAGAUGGUACAUCCAAACGAUCAUGUAAAUAUGAGUCAAUCAUCUAAUGAUACUUUCCCAACAGUCAUGCACAUUGCAGCCGCAAUGGAAGUGUCUCAAAAUUUAAUUCCUAAGGUACAAAAGCUCAAAGAUGCUCUUCAUGAGAAGAGUAAAGAAUUCGCUGAAAUUAUUAAGAUUGGAAGAACUCACACUCAAGAUGCAACUCCAUUGACUCUAGGUCAAGAGUUCUCAGGAUAUGUAGCAGCUUUAAACAACAACCUUGUCAGAAUUGAGGAAAGCCUGCAUGGAAUAUUUGAGAUUGCUCAAGGAGGUACUGCUGUAGGAACAGGAAUCAAUACUUAUGAAGGGUUCUCUGAGAGAGUUGCUGAAUUUUUGGAAGACGAAACAGGUCUUCCUUUCGUUAGUGGAAAGAAUAAAUUUGAACUCCUUGCAACCAAGGAUGCACUUGUGUAUUUGCAUGGUGCUCUGAAUACUCUUGCAACUUCAUUAUUUAAGAUAGCGAACGAUAUUAGAUUUUUAGGAUCAGGUCCUAGAUGAGGUUUGGGAGAAUUAGCUCUUCCAGAGAACGAACCAGGCUCAUCAAUCAUGCCUGGAAAGGUCAAUCCAACUCAAUGCGAAGCAAUGACAAUGGUAUGUGCUCAAGUAUUUGGAAACCAAGUUGCUUGUACUGUUGGUGGAUCUAUGGGUCACUUUGAAUUGAACGCAUUCAAACCAUUAAUCAUUAAAAAUGUUCUACAUUCGGCAACUUUGCUGGGAGAUGCUUGUGAAUCUUUUAAUAAAAAUUGUGUUGCAGGAAUUCAGGCAAAUAAGGAUCACAUUCACAAACUAUUGAAUGAAAGUCUCAUGCUUGUAACUGCAUUAAACCCACAUAUUGGAUAUGACAAGGCUGCUAAGAUUGCAAAGACCGCUCACAAAGAGAAUACAACAUUAAAAGAAGCUGCUUUGAAACUAGGAUUCCUUUCUGAAGAACAAUAUAAAGCAUGGGUAAGACCAGAGAAGAUGAUUGGCCCAACUGAUUAUGAUGAAUAA